AUGUUGCAGACAAUCAAGCGAAUAUUCAACUACCUUGCCAACUUGGAGUGGACCGAACGUCCCCAGAAGGACUGCAAAUUCUGCGCCAUUAAACCCGAGAAUAUCAUUUUCGAGAAUGAUCUAUGCAAAGCUGUCAAAAAUAUCAAGGAGGCAGGGGAGGCGCACUGGCUCAUCAUGCCCAAAAAGCAUAUCCGAGAUAUCGAAAACCUCAGCUCUGCACACCUUGAAUUAUGUGGGUUACACCAUGCUGAUCUGACAUCUGUCUAA